CCCACAAGCUGCCAUCGUCGUACACAUCCGAAGGGGGUUGGAGUUUCUUGUUCGAUCGUCGACUCGUUCACUUCUAUCGGGUCUCUCGCCGGAAUAACAUUCGAUUGCGUUUUUGUUGAGAACCUCCUGUUAAAUUUUGACUGACCAAGAUGGGUAAGGAAAAGAUUCACAUUAACAUUGUCGUAAUUGGACACGUCGAUUCUGGCAAGUCGACCACCACCGGCCAUCUGAUCUACAAAUGCGGCGGUAUCGACAAGCGUACGAUCGAGAAAUUCGAGAAGGAAGCCCAGGAAAUGGGCAAAGGUUCCUUCAAGUAUGCCUGGGUGUUGGACAAACUGAAGGCCGAACGUGAACGUGGUAUUACCAUUGAUAUUGCCUUGUGGAAGUUCGAAACCGCCAAGUACUACGUCACCAUCAUUGACGCUCCUGGACAUCGUGAUUUCAUCAAGAACAUGAUCACCGGAACAUCACAGGCCGAUUGUGCUGUGUUGAUUGUUGCUGCCGGUACUGGUGAGUUCGAAGCCGGUAUCUCGAAGAACGGACAGACUCGUGAGCAUGCCCUGCUCGCCUUCACCCUCGGUGUCAAGCAGCUGAUCGUUGGUGUCAACAAGAUGGAUUCUACUGAGCCCCCAUACAGUGAAUCUCGUUUCGAGGAAAUCAAGAAAGAAGUUUCGUCGUACAUCAAGAAGAUCGGUUACAACCCUGCUGCUGUCGCAUUCGUUCCAAUCUCGGGUUGGCAUGGAGACAACAUGUUGGAAUCAUCUGCCAAGAUGCCAUGGUUCAAGGGAUGGGCUGUCGAGCGUAAGGAAGGCAAGGCCGAUGGCAAGUGUUUGAUUGAAGCUUUGGAUGCCAUUCUGCCACCGUCUCGGCCAACCGACAAGCCUCUGCGUCUGCCACUUCAGGACGUCUACAAAAUUGGUGGUAUUGGAACAGUCCCAGUAGGUCGUGUUGAAACCGGUGUCCUGAAGCCCGGUACCGUCGUCGUGUUCGCCCCAGUUAACUUGACCACUGAAGUAAAGUCCGUUGAAAUGCACCACGAAGCUCUGGCUGAGGCUGUUCCCGGAGAUAACGUUGGCUUCAACGUUAAGAACGUAUCGGUAAAGGAAUUGCGCCGUGGUUAUGUCGCUGGCGACACCAAGAACGCUCCACCCAAGGGCGCUGCUGAUUUCACCGCUCAGGUCAUCGUGCUGAACCAUCCUGGUCAGAUCUCCAAUGGUUACACACCAGUGCUGGAUUGUCACACCGCUCAUAUUGCUUGCAAGUUCUCCGAAAUCAAGGAGAAGGUAGAUCGUCGUUCUGGAAAGUCGACUGAGGACAACCCGAAAUCGAUCAAAUCUGGCGAUGCUGCCAUCGUCAUUCUGGUCCCAUCCAAGCCGCUGUGCGUGGAGUCCUUCCAGGAGUUCCCACCUCUGGGGCGAUUCGCUGUGCGUGACAUGAGACAGACCGUCGCUGUCGGAGUUAUCAAGUCGGUCACCUUCAAGGACGCUUCCGGCGGUAAGGUUACCAAGGCUGCCGAAAAGGCUCAGAAGACCAAGAAAUAGCCGCCAACAGCAGCCAUCAUUCAGCCUGCCGCUGCCGCCAACAGCAGUACACACACCCGCAGCAGUGGCACAAACCGAAGCAAACACCAUCCGAAGCCUACAUCGAGACGGAUGAUCAACAUCAAAUCUUAUCACUGCUUCCAUCGUAAAGCAUUCAGACGAAAAGUAAACGGGCUCUUUAAUUCAUUCCUUUUUGCUAUCUUAGAAGAACACAUUAAUUAUAUUAAUAACUUUUUAUUAUUAAUAUUUAAACAAUAUUAUCUAGAACAACACAGAAUUCAGUUGUGUGUGAAUGCGUACAGAUAGGAAAAGCGAUUCAGAUUUUCCGGAUAAACAAAAUAUAACUUUCUGAAUGAUUGAAGGAAAA